CUACAGGAAAUAAGGGUUUUAAUAGCAAUGUAAUAUAGCGGAAAAGAAGUUUGUGCUAUUGUAUGUUUGUGGCUAGAAAUAUAAUAGCGUUUCUUUAAGUAAAAAGCUAUUAUAUCUGGAGCGGCAAAAUGAAAUUUGCAAGCGCGCAUGUUUUUGGGAUUUUGAUCUUUAGAUUAUAGCACUGAGAAAGAAUAAUCGUUAUGGUAUCCUCGACCGCUUAUUUUUUUAUUAAAACCCGCGAAUGAUAAAUUUUGUGGGAAAUAUAUCUUUGACCAAAGCAAAGAAUAUUUAGUACUUUUUCAUUAAAACAAAAGAAUAUCGUCUCUGCAUUUUCUCUCCCAAAGUGUUCUUCGUGAGACCCCUUCGGAAUCAUCGAUCUCUGUCUUCUUUGUCUUCAUCGAUCUCUGUCUUCUUUGUCUUCUUCGAUCUCAGGUUUGUCUUCUUUGAUCUCUGUCUUCUUUAACUUGCAUGCAUCAUGAUAAUAAUCGAUUGCUUAUUAUCUCAAUAGAUAUGUAUCGAUCGUCUUCCAUUUUUACAAUCUACAAUCAUGAAAAUUAAUCGAUUGCUUAUUAUCUCAAUAGAUCUCAAAAAUGAUUUUUUUAGGAACAAAUUAACAUGGGGCCGAAGACACGAGGAGGAAUGGUUAGAAGAAGCAGACGUUCCCAAGGUCUGGAAGCAGAAACAGAGUUCAUUGAGAUAACCAGAAAGAGUACGAAAAUGCGUAAGUUAAAUAAGGGAAAAGAAGUUGCUAUUGAAGAAGAAAACAUUGAGAUAAGGCAAGAAAGUGCUGACGAAGUCCCGACAAAGGUUUCUGAAGAUGUUAAUGAGGCGGAUGGUGAUGGUGAUGGUGAUGAUCCACAUGUGGAAAUUGAAGUUGAGAAUGUCAUUGCUGAAGAACAGUCUCAGUCUGAGAAUGGAGUUACUGAAGAACCUUCUCAGCCGAGAGAAGCUGACAUGGAAGCUGAAAAUGGAGUUACUCAAGAACCUUCUCAGCCGAGAGAAGCUGACAUGGAACCUGAGAAUGGAUUUACUCAAGAACCUUCUCAGUCGAGAGAAGCUGACAUGGAACCUGAGAAUGGAGUUACUCAAGAACCUUCUCAGCCGAGAGAAGCUGACAUUGAAACUGAGAAUGGCAUUUCAGGAGCAGAAGCAUCGCCAUCUGAUGGAAAACAAAAGAAGAAAAGAGGACCCACAAAGAUGCGUAAAGUGGCCAAGGAUCAUCAAGAGAAGGUUUCUGUGUCAUUCACUGAGCUUGGCGAACAUGUAGGUCCUGGAUCAGUGACACUUUCAUCGUUCCUUGGACCCCUUGUACGCGAACAUGUGACUGUACUUCUUGAUGAUUGGAGGAAUCUUGAUAAGCAGACAAAGGACACAUUAUGGGAGGAAAUUCAGGCGAGGUUUGAUUUGAAAGAAGAGUGGCAAAAAGAUUCAGUCUUCAAACAGAUGGGCUGUUUGUGGAGAUCUGGAAAGUCAAGGCUUGUAUCACAACUGCGAAAUGCAAAAAGCUCCACAGAGAGAGCAGCACUGAAACCAAGCAACAUUCGAUCUGUUCAGGUUUGGAGCGCUUGGGUUAAGAGUAGGACUUCGUCUGUGUUCAAGGCAAAGAGUGAAAAGUACAGAGCACUAAGGAGAGCUCAGAUUCCUCACACCACUAGUCGUAGAGGAAUGAAUCGUCUAGCUUGUGAAAUGAAAAAAAAGAGUGAAGACCCUAAGAAGAUUAGCCGGAGCAAGGUCUGGAUAGCAGGACACACUCACUCUGAUGGUAGACCUGUUAGACCUGAGUUUGCUGAAACCAUUGUAAGGUUUCAUUGUCUGAUUAAUUAAGUUACUCUUUUUGGU